CCUGGGUUUUGUGAUAUCUUGACGAUAAAAAAAACAUAUUAAGGUGAAGAUAAAGGGAAAACCCUAACGGGGGUUUCUUGGGAAAGAAGCAACCAUUGUUUAGGAAGGAUUCCAAGGCAUUUAUUGAUCUUUAACAAGAAGAAAAGAAGAAAGAGAGUUCAAAGGUUGCUUGAGAAAGGGUUCAUCGUAAGGGAGUUAGAGAAGAUGAAUUGCUUUUCAUGCUUUUAUUUCCAUGAAAAGAAAAAAACUCCCAAAGAUUCAGAUAACAGCCGCCGGAGAAAUGGCGAGUUGACCGGUAGAGACAACAACAAAACACACCCUGAGAUUCCAGACAAGACUGGAAAUGAGCAGAACAAGAACAAUGAUGCAGAAAAAGAAAUGACCAACAACAUUGCUGCUCAGACAUUCACCUUCAGGGAGCUAGCUACUGCCACCAAGAAUUUCAGACAAGAAUGUUUGAUCGGUGAAGGUGGCUUUGGUAGGGUUUACAAGGGCAAACUCGAAAAAUGUGGCAAGAUUGUGGCAGUGAAGCAAUUAGAUAGAAAUGGUCUACAAGGAAACAAAGAGUUCAUCGUAGAAGUGUUGAUGUUAAGUCUCUUGCAUCACAAGCAUCUCGUGAAUCUUAUUGGUUAUUGUGCUGAUGGAGAUCAGAGACUUCUUGUCUACGAGUACAUGUCUCGUGGUUCACUCGAAGAUCAUCUCCUCGGUAAAAAAAAACUACAAAACCUAAAGAUCGGUAUAUUUUAUUUGAUUAGUUUCCAAUAUUUUAUUGAAAUGGUUACAGACCUAACACCUGACCAAGUACCGUUGGAUUGGGACACAAGGAUCAGAAUCGCGCUAGGAGCCGCGAUGGGUCUUGAAUACUUGCAUGACAAGGCAGAUCCUCCGGUGAUCUAUAGAGAUCUCAAGGCAGCUAAUAUCCUUUUGGACAGUGACUUCAACGCCAAGUUAUCAGAUUUUGGGCUAGCGAAGCUAGGUCCUGUCGGAGACAAACAACAUGUGUCUUCAAGAGUUAUGGGAACUUACGGGUACUGUGCUCCAGAGUAUCAGAGAACCGGUCAGUUAACCAUUAAAUCAGAUGUUUACAGCUUCGGAGUUGUGUUGUUGGAACUGAUAACUGGACGAAGAGUUAUUGAUACGACCAGACCCAAAGAUGAACAGAACCUAGUGACUUGGGCACAACCGGUGUUCAAAGAACCGAGUAGAUUCCCGGAGUUAGCGGAUCCAAGUCUUGAAGGAGUGUUCCCGGAGAAAGCACUUAACCAGGCAGUGGCUGUCGCUGCAAUGUGUUUACAGGAAGAGGCAACGGUACGGCCACUCAUGAGCGACGUUGUGACCGCUCUCGGUUUCUUGGGAACUGCUCCUGAUGGCUCUAUCUCUGUUCCACGAUACGACGACGUUUCCCCUCCUCAGCCGCCGGGUGAAACAUCCCGUGAGGAUCCUGCGGCGGCUGAGGAACGGGAGAGAGCCGUGGCGGAGGCAAUGGAGUGGGGAGUAGCUUCAAGGGCGCAUUCUCGGAACCCAAGUGCAGCACAGUCCCUAAAUCCAAGUGCUGCACAGUCCCGGAACCCAAGUGCAGCACAUUCCAGGAACCCAAGUGCUUCUUGAUUAUAAAUUUUUUACAUCUUUUUGUCUUCUUGAUUUGGUUGUUUCUUUCUUUUUUUUUGUUUGGCUUUUUGUUUUUGAAGUUUCAGAGAAUAGUGAUAGAAGUAUGUUCUGUUUUGUUUGAAUUUAUAUAUUGCAGCUGGGUUUUUAUAGCUCGAGACUGCAAAUUUCAUGGAUUAUACUCUUGGCUGCACGUUGAUAGACCGCGUCAUAGGAAGCUGGGUCGAGGUGUUUCAAAUUUGUCAGAUCAUGAGGGAAUGAUCAUUUUUACAUCUUUUUGUUUUCUUGAUUUGGUUGUUUUGGUAUGUUACAGAGUAAAUCAUUAGAGCAAAUCCGACUCUAUAAUAUAGUUAUUCUAUUUUAGAGCAAAUCCGAUUCUAUAAUAUAGUUAUUCUAUUUUAAAGUAGAAUAUAGAGAAAAAUAUAGAAGAUUAUAGGAGAUGCUCUAAACAAAAAUCAUUUAAACGACUUCUCAUCUAUAUAUAUAUAAAAAUGUUUGCCUCCCUCCUGUGAUGCCACCUCAGCAUCCAGGUCAGAAAGUCAAAUCAUGUAAUGCCGACACGUGUCCCUCUUUAUUUAUACUCUGCGUUUUGCCAAAAAUCACUCUUUCGGUUUCAUUGAUUGAUGUCUCUACUAAUGGAUUUCUAUAAUAACUAAACUACAUAACAGGCCCAUCGUUAUUAGCCCAUACGGAACAUAGUCACCGCCUUCAAAGAAAAAUGCACUAAAGUCUUUACCCCACUCUCCCCCACUAUCGUGCAUUCAAGACCCUUCAUUACUCCAUAAACGGCAUGAAACCUUGAUCUAUAAAUAAGGUUUUGAUCUUCCAUGAAAUGCAUAUCACUUCCAACAAAUCAAUCUCAUUUUCUCUUCGAAGCAUGAACACCAACAUAGCCACCUCGAACCUUCUCCUAUUCGAAAGUUGGCCGAUGACAGCUUGCAAAUACAGAUCUACUUCCUCGCAUUCUGAAGAAUUGGUUUAUUGUUGAAUAUAUCUUCUCCACCGUCUUGAACAUCGCUUCUUCACAGCCACAGCCACCACAAUUCUCCAGUGGUUCCAUAACUCAUUCAAAACGAGAAAUCCAAAAACAAAACAAGAAAAAAAAAGAAAAAA